GUCAACUCGCACCAUCCGCCCAUUGAAUUUUCAAUAAUCGAGUGAUUUCGAAUCUACAUAGCUCUGGAUUUGGCCGUCCAAUGUACAUAAGUGUUUUGAAGUUGUGCAAGCAUUGCAGAACCAAGUUUCUCAACCAGUCAGUCGUUUGGUCCAUCAUAAUAUCACUUCAAUAUGUCACCUAGUUUGAUCAUGUUCAUUUCUCUGUCCAUUUGUGGCAAAGUGCUAGCAACUCAUCUUGGACAAAUAAUUUCAUCUCAAACCCUCUGCGCGUUAUUCUGUUAUACUUCAAGGGAUUGCUCGAAAUACCUUUACACGCCCGCUAAAGUAGGCGGGUCCUGCUUCCUGACCUCCGCCUACGAACAGAGCCCUUCAAUUUCAAUUAAUCCCGUCGUGAACUUUGAAUCCCUGGUGUUAUGCAAUCCCAAAAAGAUCAUCUAUCAACCCGUGAUAAACUCCAACAUUGAGGAGGCUGCUCUCAGAGCCGGUUUCAAUCACUCCGUAGUCAUUGAUGGUACCAAGAUCUUCAUGGCCAAAGUAUCCAAACCAACUGUCUUCAGUGAUGCCAUUCAGCAAUGCUUUCUCAGGGGUGGCAUUUUGCCCAUGGAGCGAACGGAUGAGUUCAUUGAGGCCCUGUCCAAUUUGAGCAAUGAUUCGGUUACGCCUCGCUUUACUUCAUUGGUUCGUGAGUUUACAGAGGCCAAUGGAAUUAGACACUUGACCUGGAGCAUAGGUCUGAAAGAAUGGGGCGAAGACGAGGUUGGCAUGGACCAUCCCAAGUUUCAGCAUUGGCCAAUGAUCAAUUAUGACAGUUAUUUGUUCCAAAUCGACCCAAAGAAGAAGCGUUAUGCUCCAUCAUCAGCCAACCACUCCACUGACCUCUACUAUUGCCAAUUCUUGGGUGAGAACUUGGCUGCUGGCAAGCCAGUGAGCUCGAGCUCGAUUCAUCAGACAUUCUUUGACUGGCAGUCCGUAGACAGGAUAAUCGGACAGAGCUUUUGGCAUGCUGAUUUUCGCAAGAACAAGCCCGAUUGGAUCUCAGUUGAUCUUGGAGAUACUUUUGAGGUCCACAAUGUUUUGUGGUUGGGCCGCUUGACUUGUUGCGCGGAACGAAACAAGGAUAUCCAAGUUUGGGUGGGAGAUUUUUAUAUGAUGAGCCGUUCUUCGUGGAAGGACGCCGAUUUCCGGGCCAUGAAUUACUGUGGAAUGCAUCCUUAUUCAACCCCUCAAAGUAUUUUGUCUGGAGUGACGUGCGUCAAUGCUAUACUGGGUCAAUAUGUGACCCUUGUCAAUUAUGAUUGGCAGGGCCUGUCAAGACCAAUGCAAGUGGACGAAAUUGGAGUUUUUGGAACCCAUUAUCACAGCAAGAUGUAUUAGAAUGGAGCGGCUAUCACAUUGAUUUCAUUCCCCAAGUUCAUGUGUAACAUGGGUUGGAAUUGUGAAUUGCCAUAUCGAACGUAAUGUUUUUAGAGCUUGAUAUCAACAAAUUGCAAGCAAUUUUCUAUAUUGAAAAACAAGAUAGAUGAUCAUUAGAGACGA